CGGUAUCCUGAAAUAGCAUUGCAGUAUAGACGUAUCCUUAAUGAGCAUGCAUCCUGAGUUUAUAGUCUUGUCCGCGGUAGCAAUAGUGGAAACUGCAGGGUAAAUAGAACUCAGACUUUUUUACCACCUAGAUUUAGCAACUAGAUUUAAGAAUUUGAGUGUUAGAAAUACAUGUUGUGUCUAUUGCACCAAUGGUGAAGCUGAAAAGAGAGAAUCGUCCCAAUUUUCUUAAGAUAGCAUGCAGCUUGAAGUUGCUAAGUCACUUAAGUUUAUCAGCUUCUAGUAGAAUGGCAUGGGCAAACUUACAUUUAAAUGCCCAGAUGUUAUUUGAAAGUUAUGUUUUGUGGUGACUGACAGGAGAUAUGUGAAGCAUCUUUUAUACAUUUUUGAAGCUAGCAUCAUUACUUUUUUUAAUAUCAGGUAAUUAUUUUCCAUUGAUACUCAAUCAAAAUGAGGUAGCUGCUUGUUUAAUUAUUUCUGGGACAUGGAUGUUUCAAUAGAGUACCAGCGUAUAUCUGUUUGUUUUGGAUAAACACACUUGCUGGUUGUGCAGUUGUAUCACUGAAUAGUGAAGUGGCAAACCAGUGGUAUUUUAGCUAUUUUAAUUAGACCUCCUGAGAAUCACACCAUUUGGAUGACUGGGAAAGUUCAGCUCCAAAAUAAUAUUGUUUGGUUGCAUACUCAAUCAGACCUUAGUGUGGUAUCCUAAAUUGUGCAUCUUUUAGAUGUACAUAAGAAUAAAGUAGGUUAUAGAAAAUAUAGUAGCCCUUGCAGAAAGGAAACCUUAUCUGCAAACUGGAUACUUGAUACGUCAGCUUCCUUAUAGUAGCAUCCCAAUUUUUUAAACUAUUUCCAUAACUUGAGACAAUUUAUUCUUUUCCUCCGAAAAGCUACCAGUAGUCUAAAGGCUACUAACAAUGGAAAAUUUAACUCUAACAAUUUGUCAUAUUUGCUUACAGCUCACACUCAAAUACACUUUAAUACUUGUGUGUGUGUGGUAGACACAUCCAUCACCUGUUUCUGAGCAAUUUUGCCAAUAUUUUUCCAUACCUAGUCUGUGUUUUUGGUAUAUGGUGGGGUUUUUUUUAAUCUUACUAUAUGAGGUACUACAAAUUAGUCUUUCUGCCCCCCCCCCCCCAAAUCAGAGCCCAUCGAAGGUUAUUUGUCUACUCAGCUCUUUCUCAUCAUAUAUAAAGUGUGUGUGUGUGUGUGUGUAUGUAUGCGUAUAUAUGUAGAGAGAGAUCCAAUAUAUGAACAUUGUUGUCAGCAUUGCUAUAAAUUAGAUAACUUUUUGUAUAAAAGUUUCUUUACAAAGUUGAAACCUAAUGUCAAGAUACAGGUUCUGUUGAAGUUGGUUUUGAUAUGCUGUUAAAUUAUCCUGUGCUCUGAUAAAAACAAGUUUGUCACCUCCAAGCUGUGAUGUAUUAAUGCUUUAUGAAGACUGUUCUACAAUAGGUUUGUUUUUCUUCCCUAGGUUUGCCCCAAGAUCCCAUGUGCCUGAUGUUUUCUUUGAUCAUCUCUCUUUCACUAGCCUGAAAAUACAGCUUUAAAAAGGAUUCCAGACAUUUUUGAUCUGCCAGAAAAAGCUGUUACAAAUGGACAAUAUGUCUAUUACUAACACACCAACAAGUAAUGAUGCUUGUCUGAGCAUUGUUCACAGCUUGAUGUGCCAUCGGCAAGGUGGAGAAAGUGAAACUUUUGCAAAACGAGCAAUUGAAAGCUUAGUUAAAAAACUAAAGGAGAAAAAAGAUGAAUUGGAUUCUUUGAUUACAGCUAUAACUACAAAUGGAGCUCAUCCUAGUAAAUGUGUUACAAUACAGAGAACAUUGGAUGGAAGGCUUCAGGUGGCUGGUCGAAAAGGGUUCCCUCAUGUGAUCUAUGCUCGUCUUUGGAGGUGGCCUGAUCUUCACAAAAAUGAACUUAAACAUGUUAAAUAUUGUCAGUAUGCUUUUGACCUAAAAUGUGACAGUGUCUGUGUAAAUCCUUACCAUUAUGAGCGUGUAGUGUCACCUGGCAUUGAUCUCUCAGGACUGACAUUGCAGAGUUCUGCUCCAUCAAGUAUGUUGGUGAAAGAUGAGUAUGUUCAUGACUUCGAGGGACAGCCAUCAUUAUCUACUGCUGAAGGUCAUUCUGUCCAGACCAUCCAACACCCACCAAGUAACAGAGCUUCUACUGAGACUUACAGCACCCCAGCUAUGUUAGCUCCUACUGAGUCUAGCACUACCAGCAGCACUAACUUUCCCAACAUUCCUGUGGCUUCCACAAGUCAACCAACCAGUAUAUUGACAGGUAGCCAUAAUGAUGGACUAUUACAGAUUGCUUCAGGGCCUCAGCCAGGAACACAACAGAAUGGGUUUACAGCUCCGCCAGCUACUUACCAUCACAAUAGUACAACAACUUGGACUGGAAAUCGAACGGCAGCCUACACACCUACUAUACCUCACCACCAGAAUGGACAUCUUCAGCAUCACCCACCUAUGCCCCAUCCUGGACAUUACUGGCCAGUUCACAAUGAACUUGCAUUCCAGCCUCCUAUAUCAAAUCAUCCUGCUCCGGAGUACUGGUGUUCAAUUGCUUACUUUGAAAUGGAUGUGCAGGUUGGGGAGACAUUUAAAGUCCCUUCAAGCUGUCCAGUUGUUACUGUUGAUGGAUAUGUGGACCCUUCUGGAGGAGACCGCUUUUGCCUGGGCCAGCUUUCUAAUGUACACAGAACAGAAGCCAUUGAAAGAGCAAGGUUGCACAUAGGUAAAGGGGUGCAGUUGGAAUGUAAAGGUGAAGGUGAUGUGUGGGUUAGGUGCCUCAGUGACCACGCAGUCUUUGUUCAGAGCUACUACUUGGACAGAGAAGCAGGGCGUGCACCAGGAGAUGCGGUUCACAAGAUUUACCCAAGUGCAUAUAUAAAGGUAUUUGAUUUACGCCAAUGUCAUCGUCAGAUGCAACAGCAGGCUGCCACAGCACAAGCUGCAGCUGCCGCCCAAGCUGCAGCAGUAGCUGGAAACAUCCCUGGACCAGGAUCAGUAGGUGGAAUAGCCCCAGCUAUCAGUUUGUCAGCGGCUGCUGGAAUCGGUGUAGACGAUCUUCGUCGCUUGUGCAUACUCAGGAUGAGUUUUGUGAAAGGUUGGGGACCUGAUUACCCAAGACAGAGCAUCAAAGAAACUCCCUGUUGGAUUGAAAUUCAUUUACACCGUGCCCUCCAGCUUCUAGAUGAAGUACUUCAUACCAUGCCUAUUGCAGAUCCGCAACCUCUGGACUGAGAUCCCUCCAUGCACUGCUGUGGGCCGUUACAUUGUUGGGAUGAUGGAUUGUAAAAUACAAUUCUGUUUAUAACCUGAAGAUAUCUCUUACUUUUAUUCUGCUUAAUCUUUUAAAACCAGGUUUUAAAAAUGUGUUUGCCUCUUGCUCUUAGCAGAAAGAAACUGAACAUGCAGAAAUUGGAUUUCUGUUACUUUUUUAGAACUUUACUGUCAUAACACAUGGCUCAGGGCUUAAAUUAAAGCCCAAAUGGAUGCUUUAAAAGGAAUCGGACACAGUACUGGCAACUUCCUGAUAAGCCUCACGAGCCUUUUGUAUGCAGAAUAUAUAUAUAUUAUAUAUAUUUAUAUUUAAAAAUUGCUUCUAAUCAUCAUAAACACUUACCUUAAAACAACUUUAAAGUUACAGAAAUCUUACAUUUAGUUCUUUAGGGAACAAGUUGUUAGGGGAGAUUUCUUUAGCUUGAUGAAUAUCUUAAUGUGGUUUUCUAGGUUGAAGGGUACAGACUGCCAAAAAUGAAAAGUAUGUUGUUGGUAAUUAAAAAUAGUCUGGAAAAAGAAAUGUUUCUUUUCCAUUACUAUUUUUUUAAAAGACGUCUUAUUUUUGUUUAUAUAGGCACACAAUUUUUAAAACACUAAAAAGAAUGGAUACUUUCAGUGCUGGCACUCAGUUUAAAUAAAACGUAAAAUAUCCAGUCUGUAAAAUUGUCAGUUAAAUGAUGAAUAUCUAAUGGCAGGAACAUAUUUUCAUAACUACUGCUGACUUCUGUGAUCUAAAUACAAAGAAAGUCAGGCUUGAUAUUUGUCUAAAAUGGGUAACUUGACUGUUUUUACUUAAUUUGAAAAGGGAUAACUUGCAUAUGCCAUUAAAUCAUGUAUACAAUGACAUCAAGUAUUUAGGAUCCAGUUUUUGUAUCUGUUCACCAUUUCCACUCAGGGCAAGAUGACAAACUUGUUUUUAUACCUCUUGGUUACGUUAAGCCCAAUGCCAUCAAUGACCUCAUCAAUUGGCAAUGACUUUGUAUAGAGAAUUAAAGUAGAAAAACUUGCAGAUGUAUUGACUGUAUGACAGCUACAAUAUGUAUGCUUUUUCUCUAGUUAAUAGUAUAAAUAAAAUUCUGAAAACCCCAA